AUGGUUUCGUUCUCGUGUGAGGUUUGCAACGACACAGUUAUCAAGAAGAAGCUGGCCAUCCACCAAAGACAGUGUCAGGGUGCUUACUUCACUUGUAUCGACUGCAACAAGACGUUCUACAACAACGAACAUGUGCAGCACACGAGCUGUAUCACCGAGGUUGAAAAAUACGAAAAGGGCUGGAAAGCUCCUAAAGUGCAGGCUCCUGCCAAAGUGACGAACCCCGCCAAGAUAGAAGCCAAGAAGAACAAGCCGGCGGAGGAGAAAAAAACUCCUCUGCUAUCGUCGUUUGUCUCCGACUCAGACUCACUCUACAAAGUUCUCAAAAAAGCUCGCAAAGGACUCAACAAGGACAAGUCCAAGCUGCUCAAGGCUCUCAAGGUGUCCAAAAACCCAGACGGCUCUAUCACCGUCUCGCUGUGA